CCAGUGCCUGCCAGAAGGGAUUACGCCGUGUCUAUACAAAAGUCGCAAACAUUAUCGACAGCUCCUUCACAUUUUACCCCGCUUUGGCGAGAGAAAGAGUAACUGCAGGAGAUGUACUUAUAUAUGUUCUCCUUGCACACGUCUGAUUUGUCCAAAGGUCAACAUGUUCAUGGAUGUCCUGUAAAUAAGCGUUGGAAGACUGACGUCGCAUAUAUUGUUUGUUCUUGCUAUGGGUAUAAAUACAACUAUGUAGUAUCCACCAUGGUUGUCUACUUCUUAGCUUCCUAUUCAUACCAUCUCAACCAUGCCCAAGCGAGUUCCCACUCCGCCUCUUCUUGAUGACGAUGCCGACUACUACACCGUCUGUCAACCUUACCCGCUCAACUUUGACUGGGAUAUCCAUGAGGAUGUCUUGAAGCACGUCCGUUGGAUCGCUGCCUGCGUCGGUACUAAGCCCUUCUAUGCGUUCCAUUACAAGCCCAAGGCGCCCUCGAUGGUUAUUGUUGAGGUCGAAAAGAAUAAUACAAAGGGAAAGGCCAGUUUCCUUGGUGAGCACCGCUGGAAGGAGCUCUUGUUGGCACCGACUCCGGAAGAAAGAGAUCGGGUCACUCGGGUUUUUCCUUGUUUCCACACAAAUAAUCGCUCAGUUGUUAAAGAUGGUUGGCACAGAGUCGCGGUCAACGAUGAUUGGUUCAAAGAAUGGACUCCUGUGCAAGAUUUCAUGCAGCCGUAUCCUGCGACUCAUUAUUGUGACCCACCCAUCGAGGACAGGACCAACAAGGCUUUGUGUCGUCCACUUCCCGCCUGUUACAAACCCCCACCUGCGCCUCCAGCUAAGCCAGUAGUAGGCUCUACCUCUUGGGUGAAUGCAAAGACCAACACGGGUAGUAGCACUAGCCCCGUUCUUCUAGGUGCAUGGGGUCGUGGCAGAGGAAUAAAUCAUUCGAUUAGAAAUGGCCCGAAAGCUCCACCUUCGCGUUCCCGUUGCUCAAAAUAGCAACGUCGCCUCUUCUGCUGCUUGUAUGCGCCAACUUCUUCUGAUUUCUGGUGUCGUCUUUCUGAUAGCUUACAGGGGGGAACAACUGUGGAGGAAACGUGCAUUCACAAGA